AGAAGAUGUCUAUGUAGAACGUCCACAUAAAAUAAAACCAGUACAGAACUGUGACAGAUUUAACGCAGGAAAUUGUAGCGACGUCAAUUGUCAAGGCUAUUCAUUGAAGGAUUAAAGGUGGAGAAAAAAACUGAAGGUUGCUGUCGCUUGGACAGAUUAACGUUAGGCUACUGCGCUUGGAAAGAGAUCAGGACUCAGGAGAACAUUUAGACAUGUCUCAGCAGCAGCGGAUGGAUUGAAAGGUCUUUUCAUCCCGUAACUUUGUAUGUCUGUCUUCUUUAUUCGAAUAUAAAACCGGAAUAUCUUGGGAUGAUUCUGAUUGGCUAUAGUUGAAUUGUCCCAUUUCGGAAUAAUGAUUCGGUCAUUUCGUUUUGGAAAUAAUUGUGUAUGAAGACAGCAAGGAUUAUGGUGGACAAACUUCUUUUGCGUCUUGCAGCAGUAGCAGGUCUCAUCACUCUUGGAUUGUCUGGUACACCGGGAAAGAAAGCAGUGACAAACAAUUCGGGUGUGACCCCAAUUGGCCAAUGUGGCACCUGGAUAAAGGAGGCAGAGGGAGGCCUUUUCACCUCCCCCAAUUACCCCCAAAAGUAUCCCCCAGAGCGAACGUGUAUUUACAUAAUUGAGGCUUCACCAAGACAGUGCAUUGACCUCUUCUUUGAUGAGAAGUAUUCAAUAGAACCUUCAUGGGAAUGCAAAUUUGACCACAUUGAAGUUCGUGAUGGGCCCUUUUCAUUCUCUCCUUUACUUGGUCGAUACUGUGGCCAGGAAAGCCCUUUGUAUAUUAAAUCAAGUGGGCGAUACCUGCAUAUAAAGUUUGUUGCAGAUGGGGAACUGGAGGCAAUUGGAUUUUCUGCACGAUAUAACUUCACUCAAGAUCCUGAAUUUAAAGACAUGGGUGUCCUACCACCUCUGCCUUUUUGUGAAUUUGAUAUGGUUGGAUCAGAUGGGAUAAUUGAUUCUACUUCCAUACUCAAAGAGGGGAAAGCCUUGAACUCUGAGGCUGUGGAUUGUAAGUGGUUCAUUCGAGCACCGCCAAAUGGAAAGAUAUAUUUGCGGUUUUUGGAAUAUGAGAUGCACAACUCCAAUGAAUGCAAACGUAACUUUGUGGCCAUCUAUGAUGGGAGUAGCUCAGUGGCACACCUGAAGAACAAGUUCUGCAGCACAGUGGCCAACGAUGUGAUGUUGGUGUCUUCUGUGGGGGUCGUACGAAUGUGGGCUGAUCAAGACAGCCGGAAAACCUGCUUCCGGAUCCUUUACACAACCUUUCUAGAGCCCCCCUGUGAAGCAGAGGAUUUCUUUUGCCAUAGCAACAUGUGUAUCAACCACAGCUUGGUGUGUAACGGGAUCCAGAACUGUGUCUUCCCCUGGGAUGAGAAUAACUGCAAAGAGAAAAGGAAAGCCAGCAUCUUAGACAAACUUGACCACACCAAUGUCACAAUCAUUCUAGUCACCUGUGGUCUGGUGGUAGUCCUUCUCAUUGUGGCUAGUAUCAUUCAAGUGAAACAGCCACGGAAAAAAUACAUCAUCAGAAGAGAUGACUAUGACCCUACAUUGCUUCAUGAAGCCUUUGAGCCCCCACAUUACGAACUUUGCACCCUGCGGAGGGCAGUCUCCUCCGACCACGUGGGCGACACCACCAUGGGCGAGGACUUUGAAAGGUUUAACAAGUUCGCGCGGACUUCGUCCAAAUGCAUCCGUGAGCACCACUGUGGUGGACCCCAUUCCCAGGUGUCCUCUGUCCGGGGGAGCCAGAGUAAUCUGAGCGUACGUGACGCAGCCAUCCUGUCAGACAUGCCUCUAGCCCAGUCCCAUCACACCACGCCCUCCAGCCUCAGGAGCUUCCGGAUGAUGACGCACAGCUACUCGCAGGAUAGCCAUGGUGACUGUGACCUGGAUGACGACAUGGAUGACUGUCCCACCAGCCAUAGCCACCACGCCCUGGCCUCCCACGGGUCAAUGUCCAAUGAUUUCUAAUGUAUGAGGGACAUGUAUGAACCUGGCUACAACCCUAAUGAUUUUAUGUUCCUUUCUGCUUGUCCCAUUUGUUUUAAAUAAAUGUUUCUCGUUCUAACAUCGCCAUUGAGAGGUGGGACACAGGCACAGGAAGGAGGACUUUAAUAAAAAAGAGCUAAACAUUAACAAAAAAGGGUUUUUUUUACAAAAAGGAACAGAGUCCAAAGAAUAACUGACAAGAUACACUGGGAAAGGAGGAGCUUAAAUAGGGACAGUGAUCAGGAACACAGGUGAGAGCAAUGACAACAAACAGGUAUCUGUGCUCCAAAUAAGGAAGAGAGGGCUUUGGAUUCUGCUGACAGGGCAAGCCUGCCGUGCCAAGACAUGACACUUGUUCUACGUCGAUUUGCACAAAUAUCCUACAAAUUAAGAAUGCAUUGGAAUGGUUGCGAUUUCGAGAAUAUUUUUAUAUAUAAUGGUAAUAUUUAAAACAAAACACUGAUUAGAUCCUUUGGGUGAAUUCAUUCACCCCAAACAAAUGUUUUAGUUUAAGUGAAAUGUUUCAUCCAUAGGAGCAAACUGACCAAAACAGGGUUAGACACAAUUCUAAGGUGUAUUCAUGCAGUCAAUUUUUCUUUUCAUUUAACUGAGUGAAUGCACCUUAGAAUUUAGCAAACCGAUUCAAAAGGAUACAUUCAGGUAGGUCUCUCCCCUGUUUUGUUCUGUUUGACAAAGUAUCAUAUGUUUGUCCUACAGAAACUCUGAUAAAAAAUUGUUUGGCGAAAUUAAUCCCUUAGUCCCUUGCCUUGAUUUUAAUUGAUGUAUGUUGUGAAUAUGUAGUGGUGUAAUUUAUACACAUGAAACUGAUCUACAUGUUUUAUAUAUACCUCCUAUAUUUGCACCUGUUAUUAUUUGAUGUUUAGAUUUGUAUUGUUGUAUGGUAUUGUCUGUACACUCAGAGAUAUAUACUGUUCCCCCUGUUUCUUUUAGUCUACCCCUCUCCUAAUAGAAUACCUCUGUUUUGUUAUUAAAAGUGUAAGUGUAUUAUCUCUAACUUUA